CCUCCAUCCAUCACACCGCCCGCACAUUGCCUGCUUACUGGCUCCCCGCCAUUGCUGACCAAAAUCACAACCACCACCACGCAUCCUCGCCCGCGGCCCGCGACUAUAUAUAUACCCCCCGCGCGCGCUGACGCAGUGGCAGAUCGCACAGGCGGCGCGCGGCCUAGCUAGCUGUAUUGCACUGUCCACCACCACCAGGCACCAUUAUCAAAUACCUCCGGCGAGAGUUUCAGCGAUAUUUCUGGAGAGCUUGGCGCGGAAGGAGGAGCGGCGGCAUGGUGUUCUUCUGCUUCCUGGUGGACCAGCGGCGGAAGGUGCGGAGCAGCAAGCCGGCGGCGGGCAUCUGCUCGCGGUGCGGCGGCUGCGCCAGCGUGGCGGACAUGGAGACGGCCACCCGGCUCUGCUACCUCCUCACCGUGCACCGCGUCACCUGGCGCGCCAUCAUCUGCACCUUCUGCGGCGCCAUGCUCAAGUCCUACCGCCACUACCGGCUCUACUAGACCCGCGGUCGUUGACGCUGAUUGAUCUGCGCGCGCGACGGCCGUCUCCACCCGCGUCCCGUUUGCCGACGGCGGUGGAGCAUGCAUGUAUGUGCCAGCUAGUUUUGUUUGCUCCAUCUGCUUAUUAAUUUGUGUUUUUAGCCGUGCUCUCUAGCUAGCUUGGCCUUGGAGAUUGUUGCACUGGAUUCUUGUGGUCUUAUGUACAUAUAGUAUUAUGCAAGGUGGCAAGUCUUGAUUAGUACUCCGAGAUAAGGUUGCAUUGCCCUCUCUUCUCGAUUAGUAUCUCCGUCAGGAACAAUAGGAAUUGUUAGCACGAUCUCAUGCAAGAGAGAAGAGGGAAGCAUUAGGAUCUCUAUUUGUUAUCCAUCACUAAUUAGUUCCUCUUGUAAUAGCAUGGCUGUUCAUACAUUUCCCCUCUCCUCUCCACGGCAUUAACCGUGUGAUUCCUCACAAUAUUCAUCUUUUCUUCUUGUUGGGAAAA